AUGCGGGAGGCGACGCUGGAGCCCGACGUCACUAUUAUCUACAGUGCCGGGAUCAGCGCUUGUGAGAGAGGUCAGCAGUGGCAACGGGCCCUGUCGCUGCUCAGCCAGAUGGUCGAGACGAAACUGGAGCCCACUGUCAUCAACUACAGUGUUGUGACCAGCGCUUGCCAGCAAGGCCAACAGUGGCAGCUGGCCCUGUCUCUGCUCAACCACAUUGUCGAGACGAAUCUAGAGCCCGAUAAAAUCUACGGUAUAUCUUUAUCUACAGUGCUGGGAUCAGCGCUUGCGAGAAAGGUCAGCAGUGGCAGCCGGCCCCGUUUCUGCUCAGCCAGAUGGUCGAGACGAGACUGGAGCCCAUUGUCAUCAGCUACAGUGCUGGGAUCAGCGCUUGCAAGCAAGGUCAACAGUGACAGCCGGCCCUGUCGCUGCUCAGCCAUAUGGUCGAGACAUUACUGA